UUCUUGACUAAUUACAAAUAAUUUUUAAAAUGACAGAAUAACUUGAAAACUAAAAGAAUAACUAAUAAUAAUAAUUCAACUAGAAAAUAUAAAGAAAAAAAAACAAUUAAGCAGAAAUGUCCAAGUUACCAAAAGCAUCACUUAGUUUGAAGCAGUUUAUGCUGCGCCAGGAAGUACUGAAGCUCUACCGGGAAAUAUUUCGAACGAUUCGUCAGGUUCCCGACAAAAACAGCCAGCUGGAGCUAAAAUCCUGGGCACGGCAUGACUUCCAGACGAAUCGCCAUCAAAGUGACGAGGUGGCCAUCAAGAUGCUCCUUCAGCACGGCAGACGCAGCCUCACAGAACUAAGGACCAGCCUCCAACUGAGCGGGGUGAGCGAGGGCAAAUAGGAUCAGUCUUGAACAUAAAUCUUAGCUUAAUUUGAUUUUAUUUUUGAGCUCGACAACCGUACGAAAAUAAAUACGAGUUAAGACU